AUGGCGGGGCUCGCCGGCGCGGCCAAGGGCCACGGUGGGUGGAGGCGAGGGGUGGCGCCGGUGCGGGCAGAGUGGCGCGGAGGGGCGGGCGCGGUGGCGCGGCCACGGGACAGAGGGAGAGACGGGGGAGGGCGAGGCCAUGGCCGAGGUGGUCGGAGCAGGAGAAGCGUCGGGAGCCGGAGGGCGGGGCGGUGGUCGCGGGGCGCGGUGAGCGCGGUCGCGGGCGUGACCAGGGGCGAGCCCAGGCGCGGCCAACGGCACGGCGCCGGCGAGGCAAAGCGCGCCGCGGCGGGGCAUGGGCGACGGGCGCCCGUAGCCUGCCCGGGGCAGGGCGGGGCCGUGGCCAGGGCGGGGCACGAGGGCCACGGCGGGCGGAGGCGGGACGAGCGCAGUGGCCGGACGCGGCCACGAUUGAAGAUCCAGCGGAUGGGAGAGGCCGGCGCUUACAGCAGUGGUGGCGACAGUGAAGACGACGGCGUGCCGUCGAGCGUCGAACGGGCAGCGUCUCCGGAGGUCAACGAUAGUGACAGAGGGGUCGGGGUGAUGCGGCUCGGCGAGGGGAAGUCUAGCGCGGUCUCGGUGGCGGUCGGGGAUGACGGGAGCGGGCGGAACGACGACGAAGGAGCUCGGGUGCUCUCCGGCUCCGGCGAGGGGCGUGCGAGCUUGGUGUGCUCCCUGUAG